GGUGUCCGCUGUGGGGCGCUCUAGCCCGCGCAGGAGCCAGUGAGACGCGGUGCCGGCCUCUCUAGGCCGCGGGAGGCCGCGCAGGCGCCUUGCUGCGCGUGCGGUGGGCGAUGGGCUUCUUGCGCAAAGCGCUCAUCUCAGUCGCGGUGCUGGGGGCGUGGGCCGGCGUGGGCUCCGCGCUCUUCGUCCUCGUGACCCCGGGAGAGGAGCGGNGAACCUCUCUCCCGCAGGAGAUGCCGGGGCAGGACUUACGGAGCCGGGAAGAGGCGGUCAGGACCAAGCAGUUAGUGAUGGCCGCUCUGCAGGAGGCAGCUGCCACGCAGGACAACGUGACCUGGAGGAAGAAAUGGCUGAGCGGCGGCGGCGACGGGAAGUCAGCGUGAGCCGGGACCUGCACCCGUGGGCGCUGGGAGCUCCGCUCCGGCAC